AAACGACAACGUUACAGGAAUAACCGUUGCAGAUACAAGGAGAAGAAGGCUGUUCUUCGCCAUCGUUAACAGUUGAGUCAAAGAAGUUGAGUCGGUACCUCCUGUGAUAUUGAUGCUAAAUCGAUCGCGAAGAAUAAUCUACGAUGGCUGAUUUCGUGCCGCUGAUCGGUGUUCUUUUGUUUUGUUGGUUGUGCUCCCAUAACUGUGAUUCUGUUCAAGCACAGGUACCAGAAGUGUCAUCGCUGAAGAAAAUUUUCGGACCAAAGUUCAAUUUCGGAAAUCGUCCCCCACCAAGGCACGACACACCAGCGUCACCUUGCCAUUGUCUUUGCGGGGAGAAGAACGAAAACAGUCGAAUUGUAGGAGGAAAACCGACAGACGAAAACGAGUUUCCUUGGAUGGCUCGACUGUCUUACUUCAACAGGUUCUACUGCGGUGGUAUGCUCAUCAAUGACAGAUAUGUUUUGACAGCCGCUCAUUGCGUGAAAGGGUUCAUGUGGUUCAUGAUCAAAGUCUCCUUUGGAGAACAUGAUCGCUGCAACGACCAGAAGAGACCCGAAACUAGGUUCGUUCUCAGAGCCAUAACUGGAGCCUUCAGUUUUUUAAAUUUCGAUAACGAUAUAGCCCUUCUGAGGUUGAACGACAGAGUGCCCAUAACGCAGUUCAUCAAGCCUAUAUGUUUACCUAAAUUGAAAGAUAAUCUUUAUGUCGGAUCCAUUGCAACAGCUGCAGGUUGGGGAACACUCAAAGAAGAGGGAAAACCAUCCUGCAUACUUCAGAAAGUGGAUGUACCUGUUAUCACUAAUGACGAAUGCAAAUCAACAAACUAUUCUUCCAAAAUGAUUUCGGACAAUAUGCUGUGUGCCGGAUACCCUCAAGUUGGUAAAAAGGAUUCUUGUCAG